GGCCGCCCCGCAGUGCCGGCGGGCUGGAGGCCGGCUAGGAGCCUGGCGGGGCUGGCCCGGAGGGGAGCGGGGAGAGCGCGGCUGUUGGAAGGUGCACGUUUCCCCGAGGAUUCUCUCCUGGGGAACGGGUCGCGGUGCCUGCUACCUCGCCACAAGCGCGGAAGCUGACUGUCCGGCGAUCGAGAUAACCCAGCUGUGGUCUCCAGAGCCUGCAGUUUCAAGGCCUCCUCGCUGCCUCUACUGUGAGCCCCAGGACCUGCACCUUAGUCAGAGUUCAUCAUGGGGAACCACUUGACAGAGAUGGCGCCCACCGCCUCCUUCUUGCCUCACUUCCAGGCCCUGCACGUUGUGGUCAUUGGGCUGGACUCGGCUGGAAAGACCUCCCUUCUUUACCGCCUCAAGUUCAAAGAGUUUGUCCAGAGUGUCCCCACCAAAGGCUUCAACACCGAGAAGAUCCGGGUGCCCCUGGGGGGGUCCCGUGGCAUCACCUUCCAAGUGUGGGACGUGGGGGGGCAGGAGAAGCUUCGACCACUGUGGCGCUCCUACACACGCCGGACAGACGGGCUGGUGUUUGUGGUGGAUGCUGCUGAGGCUGAGCGGCUGGAGGAGGCCAAGGUGGAGCUACACCGAAUCAGCCGGGCCUCGGACAACCAGGGUGUGCCUGUCCUGGUGCUGGCCAACAAGCAGGAUCAACCUGGGGCACUGAGCGCAGCCGAGGUGGAGAAGAGGCUGGCAGUCCGCGAGCUGGCUGCUGCCCCACUCACCCACGUGCAGGGCUGCAGUGCUGUGGACGGGCUGGGCCUGCAGCCAGGCCUGGAGCGCCUGUAUGAGAUGAUCCUCAAGAGAAAGAAGGCUGCCCGGACAGGCAAGAAGAGACGGUGACCUGAGGCUGCCCCCUCCUCACCAGUAGGGGUCUGCACACUUGGACAGCCAAGUGGAGCCUGUGGCCCCUCACUUAGCCCCAGGGUGCAAGGACCUGUUCACCUCAAUGAAGGACCAAGGAGCACACCGGGGGUCCUGUUUUGGGGCAGCACUGGGGUGGGUGAUGGGAGAUGGGAUGUCUUCUCACAUCUCUCCCUCAUCCUCACUUCUGGAGAAGUGGAGGCUGCAGGACUGUGGAGGCUUAAAUGUAAACUGACUCUACCUCGACCCCGUUUCCUGUUUUUCUUCUCUGGCUUUUUGAUUAGAUGUGUUUGGGGGUGAAGGAGAGUUUCUUGGAGGAUGCAUUUGGAAUAAAGGAGAACUAGCUCUUGCCCCUCCCCCCAACUGAGGGGUCUCCCCCGGUUGCUUUUCUAGGGGUGCCAGUCGUAAUAGUCAAUAUUUUUCUCUUUGUAUGAAAGUGCCAAGAACUCCUCCCCACCUUUGUAGACUCACAACCAUUUUUAUAAGCCACGUGUGUCCUCUGUAUUAUUAUUAACUAUUUUUUAGCAUUUGCCUAUAAGUUAUUAAAGACUGAUGACGUUGU